AUGCGCAAUCUCCGCCGUCGCGUGAAGAGGAUCAUUCCUUAUAUCUCGAGCCAAGCCGGGUUAGCCUUUACUAUGACCCGUCGAGUAUUUGCCACAAGCGGAAGAGCUUCUGAAUGGUCAGAAUUACUUAACGUUUACAUCGCACCAUGCAUCUUGACUCACUACCCCGUCGUACGCCACCCGAACUACAUGUCCCCUUUUAUGGUUUAA